AUUACAUCUGUUUCGUUUGCUCUUAGUGGCGACAUUUUUUAUACAAUUUUUAAUAAUUUUUUUUUUUAAAUAUAUUAUUUUCUUUUUUAUCAAAGAAAAUUGUGUGUCUGAGUGUGUGCAAUCUCACAGCAGAAUGUAUUACUUUCAAGAACAAUUUCGCUAUGUUGUUGAAAAACCGAAGACUCCACGCGUUGCCUUCGGCAGUGUAACAGAACGUAUGAAUUCCGUCUUUUGGCCACAUUCAGCAGUGGGAAGUUUUGAAAGCAGGCAAUCGACCGCAUCUCAGGCGUCGACAUAUAGCAGUUUCCAGGAAAAGUAUUCCUCAAAGCUUGGUUAUUCCUCGCUCAUUAGUCAAACGCCGCGUUUCGCAUUAUCGAGCGAGAAGAGUGCGCCCGUCGGCAGUUACUCCGUAGAGGAUGGAAAGCCGAUAAAGCAGUGCAAGAAACCGUUUAACAUUGGAGAGUCAUUGAAGAAGGAAACUAAAUUUCUAACACCAGGUCCCUCCCAUUAUCCAUAUCACAAAAGAAUACCCGAAAAGCCCGGUUAUUGCCUGGCUUUCGGCAAGCGUCGCCUCAAUUGGCCUUCAGUCGCAAUUUUCUGCACUUCUCGAGACACCGCCACUUGUUGGGUUUGCCAAGAACGUCCCAUUGGCGACUACUACUAUAACUUCAAGACGAAAUUGGCCGUCUGUAGGAUGUGUAUGAAGAGGAAAUUAAAAGCUUUGCAAGGCUGUGAAAUGAAUGAUUUUAAACGCAAGCGCGAAAUGUUUGAAUGGUGUGAGUUCAAGCCGGUUCGCCAUUGUAGCUUCUAUCACACACAUUGCGGUCGCAAUUUGUAUCAUACGCUAAUGACGAAACAGAUUUUACGCCGAAAACUGGAACUCGAAAACUAUUUAUAUCCAUAUCAACCGUUUUUGGACAAACGUUAUGUGUGAAAGAGAGGCUCGUCGACUCUGGUCCUGAACGAGUUGCUGGCGCACGCAAAUCAUUGAGGUUCAAAUACUUUUGGUGUAUGCUUUAUAUGUUUAGGUCUACAAAGUCUCGAAGAAUGCCGGAAAGAAAUUGAAAAUCUAAAAAAAAAAUAACUAAAAAACUAAUGUAUAAAAGCAAAAAAGAAUUAAAAAUUACAAU